UCCCGUUACAUGUUUUCGAUCGACACGUAUUUUCGAUCCCCAAAUUUGAUUCCCGUUUACCGCGAGAACGUGCGUGAUCCUUCGAGACCAGUGUCCCCGAGGUGACGACUUUACUCACCGCUAUCUCCGACUUUCAAGAUGUUGAGAAUAAAGUUUCCAGUCACUGUGAUAAGUAAAGGGAAGGCCAGUUAUCGUCAAUAUUCCCAUGAAUCUUUCAAUCAUGCAUAUGAAGCUGUGGUUGGUCAGGGAAUGCCAUAUAAGAAAGCGUCCAGAAUUUUCUCCAUCCCAUAUUCCACCCUGCAUGACAGAGUUAAUGGAAAAACUAAAUUGGAGUCAACUAGAUCUGGUCCUGACCCCCUGCUUACUCAGGAAGAGGAACAAACACUAGUCACGCACAUUGAAUUGAUGUCUUCCUAUGGCUAUGGCUACACUCGCACUGAAGUGACAGUGCUUGCUACUGAUUUGGCUAUUCACCUUGGAAAGAGGAAGAAAGUAGAUAAGCCACUCUCACUACGGUGGUUUUACAACUUCAUGACACGCUGGCCAGAGCUCAAGGUGAAGAAACCGAGAUCGCUUGAGAUAAUGAGGGCUAAAGCUACAUCCCAAGAAACGGUCAACAGAUAUUUUGAUGAAAUGGAGAAGAUCUUGGAGAAAUAUAACCUGAAGGAUCGACCAGAGGCCAUCUACAAUGUUGAUGAGAAGGGCAUUGUUGAGAAUCAUACACCUCCAUCUAUUGUAUCCUCACGCUAUGAGGUACCUCCAGCAGUUACCAUGGGCAAAUCAUCAACUACAACUGUCAUUGGGUGUGGUAAUGCUCUUGGAAUGGCAUUGCCUCCAUUUUUCAUCUUCAAGGGAAAACGGAUGCGCAAUGAAUUCUUGUCAGGUUGUACAGCUGGUACAGGAGGUACAAUCAGUGAUUCAGGUUGGUCUAACUCUGACAUUUUUGAGAGAUACCUCAAGGAGCACUUCAUGAAAUACUCCCUUCCUGCUACAUCAGAUGACCCUGUCUUGCUGCUUUAUGAUGGGCAUAGGUCUCAUGUAUCACUGCCUCUCAUUCAAUGGGCACGGGAGAACAAUAUCAUUUUAUUUGUGCUUCCAGCGCACACUUCACAUGUUCUUCAGCCGAUGGACAUUGGAUGUUUUGGACCAUUUGAGAAAAUCCUCAAUGGUAUGCGGCACACUCAUAUGCGGCACCAUGCAACAUCUGGCAUUGACAAGUAUUCCCUGUGUGAGAUAGCCUGCAAGGCAUAUGCAAGUGCACUUACGCCAAACAACUUGCAAGCAUCAUUCCGAAAGUCCGGCAUCUAUCCAGUUGACCGAUGUGCUGUCAACCCGUCAAGUUUUAAGCCAGCUACAGUUUUUACUUCAUCAGAAGUCAACCAUCCAGAGAACAUUUCAGCUACUCCUUCCUCGUCUGUCACAGCAGCUGACGAAUCUAUUGAUGACACGACAGACAGAUGUACUGACUUUUUCAGGACAGCCCAAGUUGUGCUGACAGAGAACCCGAAGCAAACAAAGAAGCGAAACGUCCUUAGUGCCAUAGUGGGAGGUAAAGCCAUCACUGAAGAUGCAGUUAUAAAUAACAUCAAGAAACAUCAGGAGCAACAGAAAAAGAAACCAAAGAAGCCAAAGAAGUCUGUCAGCAAUAAUUCAGCCAAGCCAAGUACUUCAGGUGUUGGUCAUCAGAAGAGAAAAUCACAUAGUCAACUGCCUGCAGAUACAAAUGACGAAGACUGUGAUGAAUCUGAAACAACUGACCCAAAGGACCUCUGUUGCAAGUGCAAAAGGUUCCAACCUGCAGAACUGAGAAACAUUGACACCCUUGUCUUUGUUUCAUGGGCACAGUGUACAUAUCCGGAUUGCUGUCACUGGGUACACCUAAGAUAUUGCACUCCUGUCCGUGUUGUUCGCACGCAUUCCAAAUUCUGGUGCCCUUGCCACAAUCAAUCAGAGGAAUAA